CCAUCGCUUCCACGCGUCCUUCAUUUCGAAUUUGGGAAGGCUCGAAGACAUCGCCGGCGAGGUCUCGUUCUCGAUCCCCAACUCGCUCCGACAUGGCCAUGGCUCACUCCGAGUUCGACCUCGCGGCUCCUGGACCGCCGGGAUUUGGGAUCGGGGAUUACGCGUUUGCGGAUGCGAGUAACCUGGAACACUGUGCCAAGUAUUUGAACCAAACCCUUGUCACAUUUGGCUUCCCGGCUUCGCUUGAUCUCUUUGCUUCCGAUCCUGUUUCAAUUGCGCGGACUUGUAAUUGCAUAUACUCCUUGCUUCAGCAGCGGCAGCGGGAUAUUGAGUUUAGGGAGUCGUCUAAUGAACAGAGGCAAAGGCUGCAAUCUGACAUAUCAAGACUGGAAGCAAAGGUAGAAAGGCUUGAGGCACAAUUAGCAGCCAAAGAUCGAGAGCUGGCUACCUUGACCCGAACGGAGGCUAAAGCUGCUGCCAAUUUUAAGGCUCAAAUUGACAAGCUACAGCAGGAAAGGGAUGAGUUUCAGAGAAUGGUUAUUGGCAAUCAGCAAGUGCGCACACAACAAAUACAUGAAAUGAAGAAAAGGGAGAAGGAAUACAUAAAGUUACAGGAGAGGCUCAACCAAGUGUUAAUGGAGAAAAAGAAGGAAUCUCGCUCUGGCAUGGAGAUAAUGAAUUUAUUGCAGAAAGAAGGACGUCAGCGAGGAACGUGGAAUGGAAAAAAAGCUGACAGUGAUUUCUAUAAAAUGAUUGUGGAUGCAUAUGAAGUGAAGAAGCAAGAGUUGAUGGCAGAGAAUUCUGAUCUGCGAGCAUUAUUACGUUCCAUGCAGGUGGACAUGCGUGACUUCUUAAAUGCUCCUACUGGGUUACCCCAACAAUCUUUGGCGGUCAACGAGAAGCCUGAAAUGGACUCACCCCAAUCCCCACUGGGCGGCAGGACAGAUGUCUUUGACCUACCAUUUCAUAUGGCCAGAGACCAAAUAGAAGAGAGUUUACGAACUAAGAUGGCUUCAAUUAAGUCUCGGAUGGGUCAACUCCAAGAUUUACAAAAAGGAGCAGAGGUGACAUCUGAAGCAACUGAGCGGGAGCUUGAACUCGAAGCGCAACUGGUUGAAGCUCGGAGCAUUAUUCAGGAGCAGGCUUCAAUAAUGUCCAAGCAUAUUGCGAAAUCUGAUAAGCCAAGGAGAUUGAAUCUGCAUCUAGAUACCGAAAGGGAAGUGGCUUCCACCGAGGUGGUUUGAGCCUCAGUUUAUGUUGAUGUAAUGAUGGUGCAAGCUUUGAAACCUUCUUGGUUUGGCGUCAUGUAACAUCCGUUGUAUGUUCCGGACUGGAAAACCCAGUCAAGAGAUUGUAACCGAGACUUGAUUUUUUGUUGUGUUUUCAUUUGGUCAACUCCAUCCAAAAGUAAUAUUUGUAAUGACAACAUACCAACCACCUAAUUAUAUACUUUGGCAGCCUUCCUUUCAAAUUU